GAUUUUAAAGGUGCCAUCUAAUGCAAAAAUAUCAGUGAAAAUCCUCGUUUUCUUUCAGCAACAGGUGGAGCCUGCUACGCCGACUUCUCCAAACUGAACUGCCGGCGAAGCAGACGGACAAGACAGGACUGGGACCAGCAGUUGGUGGCACAGAUCCUGAACGCAGACUUGGGAGGGACCGAGCCAGGAGAAGGAUUUGAGCGCUUCGUUCGGCUGAAUCGUUUUACCAACCGGUUACACGCUCCAGAGCUCCAAGAAAGAUGAAUCAUUUCAUCCUGCUGUCGCUUUUUGCCUCGGUUAUCACCGGAAAGUCACCUCGGCUGAAAUUUGUUGUGCACGAGCCCUCCAGGUUUCACUUCAACAAACCUGAGAAUUACAUCAGCAUGUAUCAUCAGGAAGGGACCGACAGGCUGUAUGUGGGUGGCCAGGCAAUGAUCUAUGUGCUGACAUUCACUGACAGAGGAGUUCAUGAUCUGCAGAUCCCAGCAGCAUCUGAUCAGACUGCAAUUGAUACCUGCAAGGCAAAGGCUGCACCACUUGAGCUGGAGUGUGAUAACUUCAUCACAGUCAUUCAGAAAGUAAACGACACGUUCAUAGUAUGUGGGACAAAUGCUGGAAGCCCCAGGUGCUGGAUGCUGGCUAAUGACACUGUGCUGACCGAUGUGCAGGGCAAGCAGAUAGCAGCAGCCUCUGACAUCUCACCACCCUACCCUUCCCAGAGGUCCAUUACCCUGCCUGCAGAUGGGAAUCUGUAUUCUGCCAUGUCGUCAGCGGGAAGUCACUCUGGCUCGAUCCGGCGUACCUUUGGCUACCAGAAACUCCUGAAGACAGAAAACAUUUGGCUGCUGAAUCCACAGUUUGCUGGUGCAGCUAUAAUCCCAUCUUCGCACAAGUUUAAGGAGGAGAUCUACUUCUUCUUCAGUGAGAUCAACAAGACAGCCAGGGUGGACGAGGAGCCAUACAGGGCCCGCAUCGGCCGAAUCUGCACGGUGGAUGAAGGGGGCAUUAAAGCCCUGCUUCCAGAAUCAUGGACCACUUUCAUGAAGGCCCGGGUGAUGUGUGGUGCAGGCAACACUCAGCAGCAGUACAAUAAUAUGAAGCAGGCGGUGGUGCUGACAGCGCAGGACAAGAGGACCGGGGUCAUGUACGGCUUGUUCUCCAAUGCUUGGGGCAGGACAGUGAUCUGUGCAUACUCCAUUGAAGAUAUUGACCAGGCUUUCUCUACAUCUAAACUGAAAGGCUACAGCAGUCAGUUUACUGGCAGUCGCCCUGGAAUGUGUGUCCGCAAAAACUCGACAGCAGGAGCUCACAAUGAUGUCAAAAACCUGGGGGUGAUCAGAUACUAUCCAGAAAUUGAGGACGUGAUCCGGCCAGUCGGUGUGGCACCACUUGACCUCCCCACAGAUGACCAGAUCACACACACUGUGGCCGACAUCGUCCUGGCGGUCAACGAUGAGCACUACAGUGUCCUGUACCUUGGCACAGAACAAGGCAAAGUUCUGAAAGUUCUUCACACCAGUGAGGAGGUCUUCAUCAUAUCUCAGUACUCUUUGUUUCACAAUGAGGGUCCCGUUCUAAACAUGGCUAUUGACUCUCAAAAGGGACACCUUUAUGUUGGUACAGCGAUGGAGGUCCAGCGACUGCCACUGGCUGACUGUGGUCGCUAUGGCAACACAUGUAGAGAGUGCAUUCUUUCCCGGGAUCCAUACUGUGGCUGGGACAGGGCCCGGAGGAAAUGCAUCACCAUCCCACCGGGAUACAACGUCACAUCUAAGGAACUCAUUCAGAAUCUGGACCAUUCCAACUCUUCUGUUUGCGGGGAAGCUGCUGCUCUGAAGCAGCGUCGAACUUCCCCCAAAGAAGUGGUGCUGCCUUCCAAUACAACCAUCUUUCUCCCCUGCCCUGUGCGCUCCUUCCAUGCCACCUACCGCUGGGAGAAAGAUAACUGCAUUAAGAACUAUCCCUGCCUCUUCUCCGGGGAUUUCUGUGUCUUGGGGCCGAUUGUUGAUACGCCCCUCAAGGAAGGCGUCUUCCGCUGCAUGGCCACUGAGGAUGGAUUCAAGGUGGAGGUUAUCUCCUUCAGGGUGGUGAAUGAUGGCAGGCUCCUAGCCGCCUCCUUGGCCUCCACCUUAGGGCUGUCACUCCUGCUCGCUAUAGCUACCCUGUGGCUCCAUUAACUGCAGCUAACACAAAUGCUAAUCCCUCAUCCUUACUGGCUCCCAAUGACAGGAACGACAAGGGGCCACUGAAGGUUAGGUUCGCAGAGCACUGAAGUACAUGGUUGGGCUUUAUGGUGCCAAUUCACCAUUUUCCAUAUCCAUUUUUAGAGAGAGUCCAGAAAAUGUCUUGUACUGUAUUUUUAGCAUAAAUCAACAUAUUUGCAGCUGUAGUGAUUUUAACAGGAUCACAACUGAAAAAUGCAUACAGUAUUUUAUUUAUACUAAACUGGCUAGGACUGACUAAACUGACUACUUUUUAUGAAUUGACAUGUCUUGCGAUGUAAAUGUGAUUCAACCGUAAUUAGGUGCUUUGUGAACCUUUCCUCUGCAACUCAAAAAGCUAAACAUAUCCUAUGAGUUGGGCAAAAAACACCAAUACCAGGCCAAUUCUUUUUACCAUUACUCUAAUUAUUUUGAAACUUACUUGAUUGUGCUAAUUUGUGAAUAUGUACACCUUUAAAACAGCUCUUAACAUCUUGUCAUUCAUCUUGUUAAACUUUAUCGGUAUAGAUCCUUAGUACUUGGAAAAUGUCUGGUAUUGAGAUUUAAAAAGCCUUAACACUUCUGGGACAUAAACUCCUAAGCACAAUUUUGCAGUUGAGGCAGAAUACUGCAGACUUGGUUGGACUUGGCGCUAUAAUUAGUGCAGCUGAGUCUAGCAACAUCGCUGGGAGGAAGUGUCAGCUUUUUGACAGGAAGUAGGCGGAUGGGCACGAGCUCAUUCUCAAACAUCACUGUGUCUCAGCACCUCCUCUUCAGACGAGGCAGUUUCUUGCAUCUUUUAUCAGAUGGUAUCAGACUUCGUCAUUACGCCUUGUUCACAGCUUUGUCCGUUGUUUUGAUUUUUACAUGCCUUCGUCUUUCCUCCUCCCCAGAACAUCAGAGGAAAACAUUCCCUCCUACAGGAUGUGAAAAACAUAACAUUGCCCACAAUUUCUUUGGAUAAAAGUUACUUCAUGUUAGCAGUAGGCAGCAAAUCGCCUUCAGAAUCUUUCAGCAAAAAAACCUAUUAAAUAAUUUAAUUUCAUUUCCAUCAAACUACAUGCAACUCAUUCAUGUCCUGGAUAUUUCCUGUUAGCUCAUUUAUUGUGGAAAGAUGGCGGUUGCAUGUUAUGUCAAACAGCAGUGAUCUUUUUGCUAAUUUGGAGUAUGUUGGCGGCAUGUUAUUAGCAUAAAAAUCCCAGGCGUUACCCAGUUAUCAGUUUUUGGGAAACAGUAUGGACAGCAACAAAGAAGAACCAAUCUGCUGCAAAUGACAUCCAAGCUCUUUCAACCUGACAAUGUGUAAAGAUGUGAACAAGGUGUUGCGCUAUAGAAAUUUGAAUAACCACAUGCUCACCUAAUAUAAGGGUAAAUGAAGUUAAAUAGAACCAUACAGCAGAGGUGCACUUCAUAGCUUACCAGGAGACAAAUAAGGCUUUGACUUAGGUCUGUGAAGAAUAUAUGUAUAUUAUUGCUCUGCAGAUGCUGUUUUCAACCAUUGCUGCCUAAGUAUGUGACAAUUUGUCUUGAUGGUUUGGGAUUUUAUGCCAUGGAUAGGGUGUGAUGUGUAACCACUGACUGCUUUGCCUCUUUCCCCAAGGACAUCGACACAAAUAGACAAGUAAAGGUUUAUUUUUUCACAUCUUUUUGCUGUGAAACAACAAGCCUGGCAGAUUCCACUAUGUAAAGCAGCAACUACAACCAACAGUGAGAGAGAACUUUAGGAUUGAAUUUCCUGCUACAAACAUACCUGCAGCAUCUUCAUCUAAUCUCUCCCCCGAUCACACUAAAUGAUUAAAAAUAUACAGUAGCUGAAAGCUAAAUGAAAAAGAGUUGUAGUUCAACAGCAUGGAAAUGCCAAAAAUUAUGCCAAGCCACAUGAAUACUGAUCAACUGACUGAAGAAUUAGACUUGUGCAGUGAUGAAAUAUGCAGCAGAUUGGCUUGUUCUCUAGAGAUGUGUGCAUUAUUAUUCAGUAAUGUACAUAAAUCUGUCCAAGCAGAAAUGUCAUUAAUAGCUAAUAAGGCGGUGAAGCCAGCUAGUCAUUCAUGGUAUUAAAUAAUUUUAUUUUACACCAUCAGGGAUAUGAGCAGUGGGCAUGUUCUCAGCUGCGAAAAUUCUGAGGCAGUGUCGUGCUUCUCUUUCAGCUUGGUUGUGUGUUGCUGCUCGGGGAUCUGUUGGCUCUCUACAUUGCACUGACACGGCCUACUCGCUGUGCCAAAAAAAAGAAAAAAAAGCGGAAAAACCAAGCUAUGUUGAGCCACCUCGUCUGCCCGUCGCUUAUUGCUUCCUUGUACAUUCACUUGCAAAAUCCUUCACUCUCCCUCUCAUGAUUGUUUCAUACCAGAUGACCCUGAGCCUGUGUGCAACACAGGUCUUUCCCACAACCACAAUCACAAAAACCUACUGCAGGUCUAACGUAAUGUAUAUUAGUCAUCUUUGUAUAUGUGUGUCACCACAAGGGCGAGAACUUAACACCAGCCACCAGCAGAGUGGUAAAGAAUGAGUAGAGGCUUUUGGCAGAAAACUAACGUGAUAUACACAGAUGUGCUCCAAGGCAUUUUCCUGUAUAACUUCCUUUAUACUGUAUACUUUAUACUAUAACCACUAACUACUAUAUGUGUGGAUGUGAUUUCACACCAGGCUGCUAAGAGAGGCCUAUGCUAUUCAAGGAUAAUUAGCCAAAAAACUGGUGUUACAAGCUUCUUCACUGUGUCCCAAAUCCACAAUAUAUUGUACUUAAAGCAGCUCUUCAACAGAAAACAACACUACUGCUUUUGUUCAAACACAACUAGCUGUAUGUUUAGCUCUUCCUAACAAGUGACUUCCUACAGUCAUGUAGAUCAUGACUUUACUCUCUAAGUAGCAAAGACACAAUCACAAUGGUACCAGUGGAAAACCUAUGAGAUGGCAGUGGAUGGUUGGUAGGUGGUGUGAGCUUGCGAUAGGAGACCAUGAUUCCUGUCUUGUUUUCUGCCACUAGCACUGGUUUAGUUUAACCACAACUGUGAUUCUUUCCCCUGACCAAGCAACUGUGGUAUCCUGAACCUAUGUUGGAAAGUACGGAUGAACGUCAUUUUGCUUUAUGAGGACUGGUACUACUACCACAACACACUGGCCAGAACUAGUGUUAAUUGUAAUAUCAAGCAAAAGUCCAGCAUUCAAAGGUGCAUUUAGUUUUGGAAACUAAGAAAUUAGGUCCAUCACUGGCCAGACAAGUGUGUGUGUGCUGUCAGCAGCAUUUUGCAUUUCGGAGCCCAACAUUUUUAUCCAAAUCCUCAUCUGUGACUACAGCCUUCAGAUAAGUGAAUAGUACAUGAAACGUAGUGCUGUGAAAAAGCAAACAGUCACCAAAAAAGGAAACUACUGUAUACAGUGGUGCAUUAUGUCAACAGCACUAAGAUUUUUCGCAGCUAGGUACACAAGAAGUUAGUGUAGCUGACCAUUUGUACAAAUAAUACAAUGUGCUAAUAUGUGUUGAAACUAUUGCCAAUGUCAAAUUUGAAAACAUUUUAAGAGAUACUGUAUUAAUGUGGCAGACAUUUGAAGUGAUGUAUAAAUGAAGUACUGUCUAAGCCACAGUAGGUCGAGAAGCCUUUUCAGAGUAAGAGCCACAGUUGCCAAGCAGAAAUAUUUUCACUUAUCUACCACUUAUUUGUCAUCACCAUGGACCAUUUGAUUAUUUUUAUUUUCAAAUUCUCAACAUUUUAUUUUUUAAGCGUAAAUCAUUUUCCUGAACAAACUAAAACUGAAGUGGUAUAGGCUAUACAUUGGAUUUGUGACACAGCGAGGGGUUUUUCUCACCAUGUGUCACAGAGGAUUAAACCCAAUUUGUGAUGUGUCCCCUGUUCAUGAGGAGACACACUGGUCCUAAAGCAGGUGGAAUCAGGCCUCCAAAAUUCAUUUAGUUUCCCAGACAUCAUCCUCCACUCAAUAAGACUUUGCUUCAAUAUCCGCACUUUCCUAUGUAACACACUUGAAAUUACAAUAUUUAGCAUUUACCAACACUUGCUCUCUUUAAACCACAUCCCCACUCUUUUCAAGUCCUUGCUUUGAUAUGGAUAUUCACACAGCUGCUUUAUUGCUCACUCACAUUCAUCACCGUCCGCCAAUCCAGUAAAAGCUAAUCUCCUUCAAAGCAAGCUCUUGAUUUGCCUUCAGGAAACCAUUUUGUUGGCUCACGCUAUCUGCCAUAACAGAACUGACGUCAAGUGGAGCGGGCUGCUGUUUUGUUUGCUCUGGGGUGUUAAGUGUCAAGUACUAUACAUGGUGUGUGCCCACAGUUCUAUGUCUUGAUAUAUCUAAUUUUAAAAGUAACAUGCCAAACUCUAUUAUAAAAAAGAGAUUUAUAUUGGUGCCAGUCUAAUGCCAUCUCAUAACCUGUAUUUUUAAAUCACAAUAUCUUUAGUGCAAUAGAUAUUCAUGUAACAAAUCCAUAUUGACAUGUGUUUCCCUGAACAUGUGCGGUGAAAAUGAAUAAAAUAUAUGUAUAAAAAAAUAA